GAAUCAGUCUCUUUUCCACAAAGUUUUGCAAAGUGUAGACGGGCCAAAGCGAGGCUCCGCGAGUGCUUUGGAAUUAAAAGUAAUAUUGAAGAAUUUUUAAAUUCUCAAGUAUUGGACAAUUUGGAGAUAGAAAUAGAUUUUAUCCAUUUCUGUUUGUGUAAUCUGACGAACAGGAAAAUCGAUACAAAUCGCAGUGACUUUUGCAAUUCUUUUGCGAAGAAAACAAUAGGCUUCUUAAAGUGCUCGUAGACAGAAAAAGUGAAUAAUACGGCGAAGAAAUUCUGCAGUUUUUGAUCGAAGAAAAAAAAACAAAGGACAAUGCCACUAACUAAAUCGACAAACGGAUUUUCCACCAGCAACGGUCACAAUGGCUAUGAAAUGGAGGACGGAUGUUCGUUCCUGUUCACCUCGGAAUCAGUAGGAGAGGGCCAUCCAGACAAGAUGUGUGAUCAAAUCAGUGAUGCUAUUCUUGAUGCUCAUUUGAAGCAAGAUCCAAACGCUAAAGUCGCUUGUGAAACCAUCUCCAAAACCGGAAUGAUUUUACUGUGCGGCGAGAUCACAUCAAAGGCAGUAAUCGAUUAUCAGAAAGUGGUUCGUGAGACAGUUCAACACAUCGGUUAUGACGAUUCUUCAAAAGGCUUUGAUUGGCGCACGUUGAAUUUGUUGAUUGCGAUCGAACAGCAGUCCCCCAACAUUGCCCAGGGUGUGCACAUCGAUCGAGACGAGGAUGAUGUAGGCGCCGGAGAUCAGGGAUUGAUGUUUGGUUAUGCCACCGACGAAACCGAGGAACGCAUGCCGCUGACGGUGGUGUUGGCCCAUCGAUUGAAUGAAAAAAUUGCCGAACUGCGUCGCAGCGGUGACUUCUGGUGGGCUCGUCCAGACUCCAAGACUCAGGUUACUGCGGAGUACGUUUUCGAAUCGGGCGCCUGCGUGCCACAGCGGGUGCACACCAUCGUCGUGUCGUUACAGCACUCGGAUAAGAUCACGCUAGAGGAUCUUCGCAUGAACAUUAUGAACAAGGUGAUUCGGGAAGUCAUUCCUGCUAAAUAUCUAGACUCGAACACGAUCGUGCAUAUUAAUCCUUGUGGAUUGUUCAUCAUUGGUGGACCGCAGGGUGACGCUGGCCUGACUGGUCGUAAGAUUAUUGUUGAUACCUACGGUGGUUGGGGAGCUCACGGAGGUGGUGCUUUCUCUGGUAAAGAUUUCACCAAGGUUGACCGUUCGGCGGCUUAUGCAGCACGUUGGGUCGCCAAAUCGCUGGUUAAUGCCGGCAUAUGCCGACGCUGUUUAGUGCAGGUUGCGUACGCUAUAGGUCUCGCUGAGCCACUCUCGAUUACAGUAUUCGAUUACGGUACUUCCAAGUACACCCAGAAGGAGUUACUGUCAAUCGUUAAAAAGAACUUUGACCUUCGUCCGGGAAAAAUUGUCAAGGACCUAAAUUUGAGGACACCAUUCUACCAGCGUACCAGUACCUAUGGACAUUUCGGACGCGACGGUUUCCCAUGGGAGGAACCCAAGGAACUGCUUAUUGAUUGAUUGCCUUUAAGUUACGCCACUGAUAGGAGGGCAUACGACGGGCAGUUUGUCCCGAUCGAUGCCAAAAAAGCCAAGCUAACUGUUCAAGCAUAACUGGAAAUAGUGUUUUAGAUACAAAAGUCUUGCUUUGGUUUUUAAGUAUAAGUGUGUUCCUGUGACAGCUGUGUAAUUUUGUUUAGAGAUAGGUUCAUUAUCCCAGAAUUGUAAUCUGAAUUGUGUCAUAUUUGUACCGAAAAUAGUUCCAUAUUUUCUUCGUUUAUCAUAUGUGUUACAUUGUGACAAACACAAAUUUUCUUUUUUUUUAGAAGAAACGUACAAUUUAGAUAAACUGAUUUAUCUUUCCAGUUUUCAAACAACAAGUAUAUGAAAUCAAGAUUAGUUAGUACAUGGAAGCAUGCCACGCUAUUGUAAGAAUCAAAAUUUAGAACGUUUUUUUCGUCGAUUAAAAAUUGUGAAAGAAUUUCUUCGCAUCGCCGCCUCCCUUAGUUCAUUAGUCCCAGUCUUUCUUUACGAAGCAAACAAAAACAAUCGCAACAUCAUGUCUGUAAUUAGUUAAUACGCUUAAAAAAAAUCGCGUAAUUAGCAAAACAAAUGCGUAUAACCAUGAAAAUGUGACAUAGAGUCUACAACCAGUACAGAUAUAAAAUGUAUGAAAAAUAAAAAAAAAACUAGAAAAAGUGUUCCGUGCCAAAACCGGAAACACAGUAUAAAAACAGGAUCUCGUGAAACUUCGGCAAAGCUAGAUCAUUCAGUUGGCCACAGUAGGAACCCCAUCAAGUGCGUUUCCAGUGCAAGAUCGUUGGAAGUGCUGCCUGCUGCAAAAACCGUUGUAUGACGUGAAAAAAAUCAGUUCAAUUGUUUUAUGACAUAUAUUUUGGAAAAUGGACAGAUUUAAAUGUUUCUCGAACAAACAGUGUGAACUAAAUCGAACAGCAGAAAGUUAAAUGUAUUGAAUAUUAAACAUUUGUAAGUCGAAACUUCGUUGAAUUUGGAUUAUGUACUUUACUAUAGGUAGUACUUUUUCAUGCACGGUUAGCUCAUCAAAACCAGACUGCAUGUUUAGCAGAAACAAACAAACAAAAAAACAAGAACAGCAUUUAAGAUGGAAAUAUUUUUACAUUACGAAUCGUAUGGUGCUUUCGGAAAAUGUGUAUAACGUGAUUUUAAUUGAAACUUCUCCCGGGACCUUGAAGUGAAGAAAGAACUACGCAAUAAUUGAUUAACUGCCAUUUUUUUUUAUUUUGAAUAGGAAAGUGUACUAGUAAAUCUUACACACAUUCGGUAGUCGCUAAACAUGCCAAUCCACGUGCACUGAAAUAGAAUCUCUUCACUUUGUAGGCUUGUGUGUUUCUAGAAUUUAAAAUCCAUAAAUCUAAAUUCUAAAAGCACAGAGCUUCCAUAGACGUUCGCAACGUAUCCGUCAUCCUCACAGCAGCGGCGUUAAAAGUUUCGCAAAGUGAAAAUCAAAUAAUUUUUCAGUUCGAAAAUCGGCACCUAUUUUUUUAGUUCAAAAUAAAUUAGAUGUUCCUGUCCUGUCGUCCCCGAUGUCACCGGUCGGAUCAAGAUUUCUAUUCUCGUCAUCGUGGAAUUUAAAUCUAGACACCAAACUGCGUGACUUCGAUGAUUAGGAUGACUAGUUUUUAGUUUUAAUAAUCCAUACGCAACGAAGUUAAUUUUUUUCACAUGUUCAUACACGUUUUGUGUUGUGUUUACGUAAAGGAAUUUAUUUGUGGAAAAGAGCCAUUUCGAAAACACUCCGGUCCGCUGAAUGGUUGAAAGGUGCCACGUGGUACAAAACAAAAAAAGCAAAGAUCCCGAGCAAAUAGUUCCCCGCUGAUGUUAGAGUGUUUGGUUUCGCUGAAAUUCCAUAUUUUACACAAACAAUUGUAGCAAAGUAGAAAUUUAGCUAAGCGAAAAAUCUAACGUCCCGAAAUACCCUAGUGAAAAUAAGAGAUAAACAGAAAAUGUACCAUUGUACGCUUUGCAAAGACACGGGUCCAACAAAAACAGAGUUUCAAUGAAUAGAUUUUUUCUUACUGAAUAAUGAUCUACUUGAUUAUCCCUGGAAAUAACAUUCAGAACAGAACAACAUAAGAUAAACAACACACAAAGAGAAUAAAAACAUUGUUCUUACUAUUUCUGGUAGAGUAACGACAACCGUAA